UACAGCGCAACUGAAUGCCACAGUGCUGUCGCGCGCUCAGUCGCACGAGCGUAUCUUGAGAGCUGGAGUUUUAUUCUGCUGCCUCGCGACUCAUUUUCUUUUUGUAACGUUGUCUAUGAGUCUUAAUCCAAUAAACCAUUCCAUAUCGAUUAGUGACAGGUUUGGGCUAGGUUUUUUUCUUAUAUACUCUGGAUGUACAUUGUGACUAACGAUGUUUCAAUGGACCUGAAUGAGAAAGGAUUAUUCUUUUCAUCGUCAAAACAAUAAUUUGCGUGUUUGAACGAACUUACCCACGGAUAAAAAGCGCAAUGAUUUUCGCCGCGAUUUACUUCGUUUUACCGCUGUUGGAUGUGCUGUUAUCUGCCGAGGAGUCUUACUUUACUAGUUCAAACCGGCUGGACUGUGUGAAGGCGAACGAGCUGUGUUUGAAGGAGCCGGGAUGCAGCACGAAGUAUCGAACUAUGAGGCAGUGCGUGGCGGGGAGGGAGAGCAACUUCAGUAUGGUGACCGGAGUGGAGGCGAAGGAUGAAUGCCGGCUUGCGUUGGACGCUUUAAAGCAGAGCCCUUUGUAUAACUGCCGCUGUAAAAGAGGCAUGAAGAAAGAAAAGAACUGCCUGCGCAUCUACUGGGGGAUCUAUCAGCAUUUACAGGGGAAUGAUUUACUUGAGGAUUCUCCAUAUGAGCCUGUGAACAGCCGGCUUUCUGAUAUAUUUCGACUUGCUCCCAUCUAUUCAGAGGGAGGGACUAAUGGCGGUCCCUGGAGCAGUCCUAUCACCGUGGCCCCAGGGAGAGGAUCCCAGGGCAGGUCAAGACCACUUGAACCUCAAGACCCCAGUAGAAACAGAAGGGCUCACCCAAACUGGGCUAUUCUGGGUAAAUACGUCACUAAUACACACUGA